AUGAAGUACAGCAUCUAUAACGACCUGGUAGCUAAGCUUAUAUCACGAAAUGAUAAGGAUGAGUUUCAGUUUUAUAAAGUUGAUACUUUAGGGGAUUUAUCACUAGAGGGAUCCGUUUUUUUGGAUGAGUCUGUAAUUGACUUCACUUGGGGGAAAGCAUCAAGCUCAACAAAAAAGAGGGAGGCUAAUGGAGCCGUAAAGGUUCAGGCUGUAGAUGACCUAGUGGUUGCGUUAUUACUGUCUGGACAUGUCAUCACUAUUUCUUCCCGUUCGAGGACAGUGGUGAGACAUGAUGUCAAGAUACAGUUGUCUCAUAUACUUGCGGUUGAGGACAACACGAUAUGGGGAUUGUCCAAAGGGAAUGUAUAUAAAGUUGAAUUAGAUGGAAAGAGCACUAAGGUCAAGGUUCCGGAGUUUAAAAGUAUUGUGGUCAAGAGUGGAAUUGUUUACAUCGGUACAUCUUCAGGGCUUCUCAUUGGUAAAAUCAACAAGAAUACAUUUAAUAAAGACAUGGAUAUAGAGACGGGGUUCGAGGUUCUAUCGGUAGAAGUGUUAGGCUCUUCCAUUGUUGCUGCAUCACAAUCCAAAGCAGUACUAGUGCAUGACGGAGCCGUCACCAAAAAAUUGGCUGCUGGAGAAAAUGGUGUGAAAGUUCAAGUCGCAGGUGAUGUAUAUAUCAUAAGCGAUGACUUGUUGAAGGUAUUCACACCAGAAGGGGAUUUCAUAAAGGAUAUAAAGACUUCGCAUUCAAUCGACUAUGUGCUCACAAUAGACGAUACAAAAUAUGUCAGCUGGCACGAUGGUGCUGGCAUUCACAUCCAGAGAAUUACUCAGGAUACCAACACCAUCUCUUUCCAAAAUGGCACUUCCAUCACGCCAAAAAGAUCCACUUUGAUUCACAUUGAAAACAAUACUGAAGAAAGGGAUGCGGAAGAUGUCAAAACUCAAUUACACGAGCAACUAAGUCGAGACAAGCCCAAUGAGGAAAAAAUUAGCCAACUUUGUUUAUCACUACACAACGACGACGACGUCAAACAACUUGUGACAGAUUUGUCAUAUGAGGAUGUCGAGAAGCUAUUUAAAAUCACAACUACAAAUAUGCCAAUCUGGCUCAAGUGGAUAUUAUUAAUACAUGGGAAUCUGAUUGCCAAAUCAUCGGUUUCAGUCAAGGACCUCCAACAGGAUCUUCGAUCAAACGUAGGAACAAUGCCCCAUUUGUAUGCAAUCAAAGGCAAGCUUCAAUUACUUCAAUUACAAUCACAAAUCAAAGAUGCACCCGUCGAUAAUGACAUAACCACUACAGUUGAAGAUGAGACAAUGAUUUACGCAAAUGGCGAAGUUGACGAAAAUUUAAAUAGACUCUAA